AUGUACGCUCGCAACCGUGGCUCCAACCUCCCUCCAUCUGUGCCAUCGACUCCGCUUGACAAGGCAUCACAAGUAGAGAACCAGGUUGCCGCUCAACUUGCUAAACAAAGUGGUCGCAAGCGGUAUGGUGUUGAUUCUUUCAUGGCGCUCUUGCUCACAAUAAUCGACUUCACACAAAUCAUCGACCAUGUUAUUGAAGCAGGGAUUAAGCAUGAGCUUGAAGAUGAUGAUGACACCGAGAGGGCCCUUCCUAUUGCUCUCCGACGUCAACUCGAGGAUUGGGAUACGUUCUGCAGCAAGAUCCCAGGCUUCAAGGACAUGAUCAUGACCCUUGCUUCCAAGCGGACUGUCCGACAUGACCUGUCGCGCCAUCUCACCAAUGGAGUGGAGGCAGCAUGCUGCGAUGAUCGUGCUGCCUUGAAAUCGGGCCUACCUUCCUUCCUUCUCUACGACACCAAGAAGACCCUGGAUCCCGCCAUUGCUACAAGUGGCAACAAGGCCGAUCGUGGCUUCAACCAUCCCGUCACCGCGGCACUCCUCUGCCCAAUCACUCUGCCUGCUACCACAUUGACAUACCAGGACAUCCAGGAUGGUUACACACUCGUCAACGCAAAGCAGCUGCCACGCUUCCUUUACCCUCAUGAUCGCACAGAGGACAACAGUAUCUCUGAUGGUGCCUUCCAAGGAUACCUAAUGAUACGUGCCGCCAAGUUCAUUCUCAUUGGGCGCAGCUGUGCUACCUCGGAGCCAGGUGCUUCCACUGGACGACGUGGCAAUGCUGCACUGGCCGAAAUUCACACCAUCACUCCUCGCGUUAUUGCAUACAUUGCUGUCCAACUUCACUUCGCGCUUUCAUCACAAUCAACUUGGGGCCUAAAGGAUAAGGCGCUUUUCGACUACCACAAGUUUUACUGGAAUAUCGUGUCGUUCUUUGAAGCGGAUGCCAGCGGCGGACAAGACAUACUGGAAUAUUAUAACUAUCAUCUAUGGGGUGAUAAAUCUGGACAUUUGUCGUCAGCUCUCAAUGCCAAUGGAGAUGAUCACGACAGUGACGAUGGCGACGAUGGCUUCGCUCUGUUGGUCAACGAACGCGCGGCCAAACGUGCUCGCGCCGACCCGUUUGCUUAA